GUGAUAUUGUUAGUGGCCCCGACUGGGUGUGGUAAGAGAUGAAUAACGAUGGAAGAGGCUGUCUUGUGCAUCCAAUAUCUUUGGCUUCUUAAGGCUUAGAAUAAGUAUGACAAUAUGCAGAGAAUUUCCAGCAGUAAUGAAGUGGUUAAUAUUGUCUUGUAAUCGGAUCGGUGGUGCAGUUUCUGUUCUGGAUCUGGGUGGCGUGAUCUCACGACUGGAUAUCUAACUGGACUGAGGUUAUUUGGCAAGAAGCCCACUAACAGCAGAAUGAGAAUCUUUCCUCGUGUUCUAAUUUGUUUGAACAUUAAUGUGAUGCACUUACAUUGACAAGGAAAUUGGACAUUUAAAUUGCUGUUGUACCUUGCUACUGCAUGAAUGGGAAAGAAAUCGAGGUGCAAAGGCAGUCGAGGGAAACAGCUUUGCAGUAAUUUUUGAAGCUUUUGCACAGGUGUCAGAAUACUGUUGGCAGCUCUGAGCUGACCCUGACUUUGGAGCAAGAAUAUGUUAGUAUGAUUUUCAUGAAACACAUCCUUUGGAAUGGAGAAUGAUCCAUCUUUACUUCUCUCAGGAUUCACCUCUUAUAUCUACUUCAAGUGACAGAGUGAUCGUAUUUUGAUGACAUGGUAUUGUGGAAGUAGAAUGGAUGAUCUAGCCUUGCUGGACCUGCUGGAAUGCCCUGUAUGCUUUGAAAGGUUAGACGCUACUGCCAAAGUAUUGCCAUGCCAGCACACAUUUUGUAAACCAUGUCUCCAGAGAAUAUUUAAUGCCAGGAAGGAGCUCCGAUGCCCAGAAUGCAGGACUCCAGUUACAUGCAGCAUUGAAGAGCUGCCAGUUAACUUGUUACUGGUUCGCCUGCUGGAUGGCAUUAAGUAUGGGCAAAGCAAUGUCAGGAUCACUCCUGAUCGAUUGCCUCAGACGCCCUCAAAUCAGGAACAUGGACAAAGAAGCACAGAUACAAGAGGUUUGCAAGCUAGUCUGGUGAACGCAGCCAAGAGCCCCAUAGAGAAGGUGCCAUGUGCGAGAGCGUUGUACACGUAUGGAGGCCAGAAGCCAGGAGACCUCAGCUUUAAAAAGGGUGACGUCAUCCUUCUCCGUAGGCAAGUGGAUGAAAAUUGGUAUUAUGGGGAAAUCAAUGGAGUUUGUGGAAUUUUCCCUCUCAAUUUUGUUCAGGUUAUCCAUCAUUUACCUCAGCCUCCACCUCUCUGCAAAGCUCUUUAUGACUUCAAUCUGAAAGAAAAAGACAAGGAAGCUAACAAGGAUCUGCUGCCAUUCCUCAAGAAUGAUAUCCUAAAAGUGAUCCGGAGAGUUGAUGAAAACUGGGUGGAGGGAAAACUCGGAGAUAAAGUAGGAAUAUUCCCCAUUUCAUUUGUUGAGAUGAACUCAACAGCAAAACAGUUAUUAGCAAUCAAAAGGCCAGAUGGGAAAGAUGGCAAAUGUCAAGGCAGUGUGGCAGUGACUAAUUCGAGCACAGCGAUCAAACGCACAGAGACAGGGAGAGUGGCUGCUAAAGACACUCGCCACACAAGUGCAAUGAAUAUACUAAACCGAAUCUCCCACCCAUCUCCAUCCACCCAGCCCUUGCAGAUCAGUUCGCCAGUGCUGAUUAGCUCUAGUAACCCAGCUGUUGUGGCCCAGAUUGCAGAAAGAAGGAGUCCAUCCAGUCCCACCAGCAAGAUAAAGCAUAAUCCUUCUGAAGCUGGUGUGGCCAGUUCAGGUAUUAUUGAUGCCAAUUCAUCGUUUAACACUGAAAUUCUACGUACAAAACCCCAAGUACCUGUUAGAUCUGAAGAACAGAUUGGGGACAUGUUUCCAGUUUAUGGGAUGUCAUCAGAUGGCUGGAUCAGAGGGAUGUCGAUGCAAGUAAAUAAAGCUGAGAGCCUGCCUUGCAGUUACAAUGAAUCUAGUAGGAGGAAUACUUGCAGACUCCCAGAUCAGAGAGGUUUGGAUGGUCUGUUGGCAUCGGCAAACGCUCAAGAAAGAGGAACUGCAAGUGAGGCCAGUUUAAACUUGCAGGCAAGCCCCAGCGGCAGGCAAGUUGCUGUGACAUCACCACCUGUUCCGUCAGGGGCGACAAUAGCAAGACAUAUCCCUGGGUCUAGUUACAGGGUAAAUGUACAUCGACCUAUAGUUGCAGUUCCCCCAGUACAGUCUCAAAGCACAAGUAGCCGAUGUGUUCCAGCUGUUGUCAUUCAAGCCCAACCUUUUGCAUCUCAUCAGUUUCUGCACCCAGUCACUAUCCAUGCUGCCCAUUGCAAUGGACUUCUUGGAGCAGGCAGAUCUAACCUGUCCAACAGGCCCAUUGCCAACACUGCUCCUAUAAUAUGUCACAACAGAAAACCAUCAGCAAUGCAAGAUGAUGAAGCUUCAAAUUGUACAACUGUGGACCAGGGAUGUGUACCAAUGUCAGAUCCUACACCAUCGCACUGCAAGGCUGAGGACAGAAGUCGUGUGCACAAGACCCAGCCCAGUCUUGGAACGUUUCCACCUCACUGUGUUGCAUCUUCUACAAGGCCUAAGUUCCAGCUCACCUCAGUGUGCAGCCCAACUCCAAUCUCAUUCAAGCCAGAACAAGUCACUGCACAAUCAGUUUUACAGGAAACCAGUAGUCCUCCUGUCCCUGUUAUCUCCCACAAUAGAGCUGGGUCAUGCCCAAUAGGGAGUGAAGAGGAGGUCCAGACAACCCACAGAAAAACAGGCUCCUGGGAUUCAUGUUAUCGCUGCAUCCCUCCAUCACCGCUGCAUAGUCCUGUUUCUGAAGGAUGUCCGAAGACCUUGCAAAAUCGUUCAAUGUGCUUCAAUAGAUGCCGGGCAGUCCUUUCGUAUCCAGCUCAAGGUGAUGCUGAGCUUGGCCUGGAGCAAGGUGACAUUGUAUUGGUGCACAGGAAACACCAGGAUGGCUGGUUCCAGGGAACGCACACAGAAAGUGGGAAGACUGGCCUUUUUCCAGGAAGCUUUGUUGAAAGUUUACAGUGAGACUGAAAUCUGAAAUUAGAUUGAAGAUGUGAAAUGGCAAAUACUUCCCAAUAACCGUUGUCCUGUGAACACUGUGUGUAAUAUUCCAUCUGUGGUGAUGUUAUCAAUGUGAGAUUUUGCCCAUACUACAGUUAAAAAAUAGUUAGCAUUUCUACCUUUGUAGGCAGCUUGGAAGAGAAACAACCUGAUUUUUUUUCCAAUUAUGCACUGAAUAUUAUCGUAAAGGAACUCUCCCACCCACACUGCCUCUCAAAUAGUGCCCUUUCAAUCAGAAUAUGCCAAUUCUUAGUGAGUUCAGCUAAAUAUAUUGGAGAGCACAUACUAAUCCAGUCAGAUGGUCUAUCUGUAUGUAGCAGGACAAAGCCCAGACAGUAAAAUAAUCCUCUUUAUAAGAUUCAGUCUGGAAGACAUGCAUUAAAUACUAGUCAGCUAAAAGCAAGUUAUAAAGAUCUAUCCAGAUAGACUAAGCUUGUGAUGUUGUGUUGGAUUGUUAUCAAAAAGGGUAUGAUACAGUUGUGAUCACAGGAGACGGGCUGGGAGUGACGUCGAUGACAAUGUUUUAGAAGAAAUGUAGUCUUUGGCUUUGGCUUUACAAUGUUUAAUUUUGGUCACUUUUCAUUUGCACUAUUUUUGGUAAUGUUCCAUCAAAGAAAGGUUACACUAAAUAUAUUAACUUUACCUGACUGAUUUGGACUGACCAUUUCAUUCUGAAUGGUUGGGAAUCCCAUGAGAUUAUUAUCUCCAUUGCUUUGGAAGAAGCUCAGAAAUGACCAUCCAAGGUCAUUAAAGUAAAAUUAGCACUUGGAAAAUGGAUCGUAGGCAUUUUUGAUAUUAAAAUAAAUGAUAAUUUUAAAUUGCAUUAAUCAGAUAGGUUGAUAGGGGACAAUUACACAGGGUGAAAAUAUAAAGAUUAAUCGUAUUUAAUUUUAAUUUUGUAGAAAUUUUGCGUGGGAUUUCUUUAUCUAAUUUCCUCUGUCCCCUUUUAUAGCUUUUCAAUCCCAGCUGGGAUGAAAGGUUAUAUUUCUCACUGCAUUCUAAUGAUACUCAGAUGAUGGAAGUUAUGUCAUCCAUUGUACUUUCCACUGUUUGUGUCACAGCUAUGUUUGAUGUUAGGUAUGUCUGAAAAAUUCUGGGAGCGAAUCGGUUAUGGGGAUGUGGGAGAGUACUACACACUUUCAAACCUGUGCAAUUUUUCUCAGAUUGAACAAAUGCAUAAGUGCCAGUUUUGAAACUAAAAUGCGAUCUCUUGCUGACAGCAAAUAGAUCCUGGCUGACAAACUGAUCUACACCAAGCAUGCAAUCUGCACGCUGUGGCUUCCCUCCUUUCUCUUUCAGAUAGCCACUAGUAAUGCAAUCAGAGUCUUGUAAAUAAACAUCAGGUUUGGAGACAAGUGGAUGUGGGAAUCUCUAGUAUUCAUUAUCAGUCCCCAGGAUGGCCUGAGAAGAUGGUGUUGGGCUGACUUCUUGAACCUCUGCAAUCCUUGUGAUGAAAAUGCUCCAAAAUGGUGUUAAGCAGAGAAUUGUUAGAUAUUGGUCUAGUGACAAAGAACAAACAAUAUAUGUCUGAGCUCAGAAUGGUGUUGGCUGGAAGGUAAUUGUGUUCCCUCAACAUUACUACCAUGAAGAACAAGGAAAAUAAAGGCUGUAAGGGUGCUGAGAUGUUGGCACCUUGGUAAAUUGGCAGAGUUCAUUCUGUAGAUAGUAUAUGCUGUAUCCAAAGUUAGGUAGCAGGGAGGGGUUGGAAAUUGUGUCCAGCAACGUAGGCAGUGAUCAAUGUUGUUGAGGUUAGACUGAUUCUGGUGGUGGUGAACAUAUAGAAAAUAGAAGCAGGUCCAUCUUUCCAACCCCAUACAGUUGUGAUACUUUCUAGAUCAUAUAUUAAACACUUCCCAACCUGUUGGCUUCAACCCCUUAUGAGGCAGAGAUGCUUUGGAGAAAUUAGACAUGUGCUUUGCGGUACCGAGAACGUCUUCCUAUUUCUAUAGCAACACAGUUUUGCAAUGCAAAUAAAUACCAGGCAUACCCCAAGUUUGAUUUGAAAUUUGGAGGAAAAUUUGUGGAAUAGAAAGCCAGCGAAAACUGUUCUCGUCUCAAAGAAUGGACUUCAGAAAGUAGUUGUAUAAAGACCUGGUUUGAAAAAGGAUGGAGACUGUGAGAAUAUGUAAAGCUAAAGAUGUGUGAAAGUCUUGUGGAGCACGUUAUUUCUACUUCAUCAGGACCAUGAUAAGGAGACCAGUUGGUCAACAAUGGUAGAUCAUUGGUAGGGAGUUUUGUUCUGUUUAUGUUGGUGGAAGAGGAAAACUUUAUGGAAACCUUUUUUUGAAGAUUGAAUGGUUGGGUUAAGUGAAUGGAUUUAAGAUAGUAGGAUUUAACACCUUUCAUCUCUGAGCUUUACAAUUUUUUCAUACAAGAAAAUUGGGUGACUUGUUUAUCUGCUGGUGAUAAAAGCAAAAUAGUGCACCCAAAGUGCUGAGAGAAUGAGUUUCAUUGCUUUAAUUUCUCUUUCUGUGCUUUCUUUUUGUUUGUAGUGUAGAAACAGGCUGUUUGGCCCAACAAGUCCACACUGACCCUCCGAAGAGUAACCC